AUGCAGACAAAUUCAAUCUGUUGCGAUGAUAUUUCCGAACAGAAUUCGAGCACGAUUGUUGUCUUGAUCAUCUAUUGUAUCUCUGGAACGUUUUUAACAUUAUUAAACAAAAUUACCGUGGCUCUUUUUCCAUAUGCAAAUCUUCUUUUGAUCGUACAGAAUACCUUCGCAGUAGUUCUGUUGAUUUUCUGUUCGCGAUAUUUCCAUUCAACUUUUGGAGCUCUACCAGCAUUGAAUCGAACGGUGUUACAACUUUGGAUGCCAUUGGUUCUCUUGUUUGUUCUCAUGUUAAUCUCAAGUUUAACUGCAUUGAUCUAUGUCAGUGUCCCAACAGUGAUCGUCAUGAGGAAUUUAACCAGUUUAUUUGUCGCAUUUUUGGAAUAUCUGUUUCUCAAUCACAAAACCAAUCGCUUUUCAAUUUUCAUUCUACUCGGAAUGCUAGGCGGCGCUGGACUCUAUGCAAAACAUGAUUUCACUUUCAAUGUUCAAGGUUAUGUUUGGUUAGGUGUGAAUAUAAUCAGUACGAGUGUUUAUCAAAUAUAUAUUAAGAAAAUCAUUCAUUUGGCUUAUUUCGAAAAUAUCGGACCGAUUGGAAUGUCUUAUUAUAACAAUUUACUAUCAUUACCUGUACUUUGGAUAAUUCUUUGUGUAACAGGAGAAUUGAGAAGAUUAGUGAUGAAUUUUGAACUUGAACAUUCUCAGACGAUGUUAUCGAUUAUUUUAAUAUUGAUCUCCAGUCUUCUGGGCUUUGCCUUAAGUAUCUCAGCAUUUGCGUUGAAUAAAUUAAUAUCUGCGACGUCGAUGAUGGUGACGAACAAUGUUAAUAAAUUUUCGGUGAUUGUUCUCAGCGAAAUAUUCGUCAAAUCAACUUUGGAUAUCAUUGCUUCGAUAGGUGCAAUUUCCGUUCUUUUUCUCGGCUGGCUGUAUUCGCAAACGACCAGAUCAGCGUCAAAAAGUUGCUUUGGUAUUCUGACCAUUGCCCUUAUUAUUUUCGCUGCAAUUAUUGAAACUAAAUAUAUUAAAACUCUUCGUUUUGGUAACGAUGAUUAUUACAAAGACUUCCAACCGAUUAUGUACAAUCAGACAAUAUCUUAUCGAUAUCCGAUGAAAGCGAUUACAACGAUGAAGCAACGUCAAGGUUAUGACAUUUAUCGAGCAUAUUUGCCUCAAUCGACCAAAGCGCGUCGUUUAGCACCGAAAAUCGAAGUCCGACCUGUUCAAGAUUAUUCUCUCCCUGAAAAUUGUCGAAAUCGGAAUGCAUCUAUCUGGAAAACAUGUAAUGCUCGUCAAUGCCAACCAUAUACCAGAUCAAUAAAUUGGGAUUAUCCACAAAAAACAAUAUUUGGAGAAAAUGCCAAUGAAUUUAUCAAUCGAAUAUUAGAAAUUGCUUGGGGAACAAAUCCGCCGUCGAUUGAUCUCUACCUGCGCGGUGGUUGCCAUGGCAUCAUGGAAAUGAAGUACCUUUUCGAAAGCAUCGAACUAUUUUGGCCGAGAUUUCUCGGUUCAGUUAUCAUCGUACUCGAUGUGGGCGAUGAACCAAUUCUGAAAUACUUCUUACCGCGACAGCCCACACAUCAUUAUCUGGUCACUUUUGAACAUACACCUUGUUUACCUGGACGAGUAUUCAAUCAAUAUAGUUAUUUAAACCUCGAUCGACAUUCUCGCGCUGAAUAUAUCGUCACAAUUGAUAGUGAUUGUGUACUGCAUGCGCCAGUUACACCAGAUUUGAUUUUUCGCCAAGGAAAAAUUAUCUUACCGUCAUCGCAGUCGUUUCAGCCAGACUUAUGGCGGCGAUCACUGGAAGCUGUGAUGGGCACAGGGAUGUAUGAUGGGCACUACAUGGUCACACAACCAGUUACAUUCGCUCGAACAACAUUUUUGGCAUUUCGAGAAUGGUUCUAUGAAACCAAGAGCAAAUGUUAUGAAGAUCAUUUAACGCAGCUGUCAUCAGUGCAUUACCAAGAAUUUUGUUGGAUGUGUCAAGUCGGUAGUUAUUUGGAACGUGGACACGCAAAGAAAAAUGAUUAUGACCGAUAUUGGUAUCAGCAUUUUGAUAAUGAAUCGUUAGAACCAAUGAUAAGAUUUGCAAUCCACGUUCCUUAUGAACCAUUUUUGGCCAGUGCAAUACAAUGUCGAGAAGUGAUAUGUUAUGAAAAAAGUGUUAAUGAAAUCAUCAGACAAGGUCUGUGUCGUGCAUUUGGUCCAUCGAUAUUUCCAGUUUGUAUGCAUAAUAUCAAUUUUAAUUAUGUCAAUAAUGUCACGUUCUCUUACGCACUAUUCGAAAUCCAGGCAGCGAAUAGAUCUACUCGCAUUCAUGCAUUAAAUGAAUAUUUGAAACGUUUAGCACGUGUCACAAUGAUUGCUUUAGACCAUUAA